GGAGAAAAGUUGCUUCUGGUUGCAGUAGGAGUUGUCAGAGACAAGAUCUUAUCAAUCAUGCCCACAACAUGAGAAGGGAAGGGAUGGUAAAGGUGGAAACCUCUUCACAGGUCUAAUAAUUGCAAGAUAUUGAUGGCCAAAGAUUGAAGCUUUGAAUGAGCAAAACUGUGAUCGUUAUUGCGAUCAAACGACAAGCAGAGUUGGCUGUCACCAACAACAACACGAUGACUUAGAUCAUGCGCAAAUGAUUGAGUAAUCCACAGCCUCCUCCCAUCUUCUGACACCUCUUUGAGAGCGAUCGCCAACUUCCAGCGCACCAUCUGAGACGCACGAUUCAAGCCGCAGCAGAUCAUCAAAGAGAAGAGGAAAGAGAAGGAGAGAAUCCCCAGCCGAAUCAAGCUCACUGAGAUAGACGAUUUGGGGAGGUCGGAGCGCCUCCGCCGUCACCGGCUUCCACAGAUUACUGUUGUUUUUCUUGCCGCGUUUCCCUUCCCUCUCCCAAAACGCUGACCUUUUUCUCCCGCAGUUGGAGGCGGGCCCCUCUCUGGGGCCCGCCUUCCCCAGGUGGAGGUGAGAAGGGUCGUGCUUCUCGGUUGAGUAAAGUAGUCUUUUUGUGUGUCUGAGAGACAGCGAGAGAGAGAGAGUCAAAGGGACGGUGAGAUUUGCCGUGGAAGGCGAGUGCGGUGGUCACGCCACCCUCGCCCGCAAAAUCUAGGAUUCUGUGGGGAGCCGAAUUAGUUGUUUCUUCUCCGAAAUCAUCAAGGAUCCUCGAUCUAGGUGGAUUCCAACGAUUGCACCUCCUUGACGAGGAAUUUUUGUUGGGAUCGAGAGGUACGCUGUGAAGGCUUCUGGAUUCUUCUUUGGUGAUUCUGGGGGAUCGGGAAGGCUUGUGAGGGCUACUGCGGCAGAAAGCUUCGAGCUUUCGUGGUUUUUAUAGGUUUUUUUUUUUCUUCUGGGGGGUGUUCGAGUUUGCUAGGUGGCCACGGUGGUCGUUGAUGAUGGCGAUGGUGGAUGGGGAGUAGGAAAGGCGGGGUCGGCGUGGAAGACGGUAAGCGAGCGGCGAGCGGGAUGCCGAGCUUCGUUUCCUCACCGGUGGCUCAGAACAUAGUCGCGGAGGGGAACACUAAGCAUCCAUCUAGAGUUUCUGACUUUGGCAUGCUUGAGCAAUCUGUCGGGCGCAACUUAGAAGCAGCUGCUGAUUUCAUCAGAAAUCCUGAAGUUAAUCCAAAACCUAGUGUUCAAACCAGUAUUUCUGGUCCUUCUCAUUUUGAUAAUUUUAGUAAACCUCUUGGAAUCAGUAAUAUUUCUACAUCGACAGCCAGAGUUGGAUCGUCGACGGUGCCCCUACACAAGGGGCAGCGACCUCAUCUGGUUUCACUUGCUAGUGGUCAGUUUGAAAACUGGGGUGAGACCACAAUGGCAGAUGCUAGCCCGAGGACAGACGCUUCAACAGAUGUGGAUGCUGGUGACAAAAAUCAUAAGCCAAAAAGAGGGCAACUUGCUGCAAUAGCAACUUCUGAUUCUAGUGACAAGACCAAGGAGAAAACAGGGGAUCAAAAGACACUUCGUCGACUUGCACAAAAUCGUGAAGCUGCCAGAAAGAGUCGGCUAAGGAAAAAGGCAUAUGUACAACAACUAGAGGGUAGCAGGCUGAAACUUACUCACAUUGAGCAGGAGCUUCAACAUGCUCGACAGCAGGGAAUUUUUAUUUCUAGCUCAGGAGAUCAAUCCCAUGCAAUGAGUGGAAACGAGGGGUUGGCUUUUAACAGUGAAUAUGCACGAUGGCGAGAAGAGCACAAUCGGCAGAUCAGUGAACUCAGGACUGCCGUGAAUGCACAUGCCAGUGAGAAUGACCUCCGUGCUAUUGUGGAUGGCAUCAUGGCACACUAUGAUGAGAUUUUUAAGCUCAAGGGCACUGCUGCAAAAGCAGAUGUCUUUCACAUGUUAUCAGGCAUGUGGAAGACACCUGCCGAGAGGUGUUUCCUGUGGCUAGGAGGUUUCCGCUCAUCUGAACUCCUAAAGCUUCUUACAAGUCAGCUAGAGCCACUUACAGAGCAGCAAUUGAUGGGUCUGUGCAAUCUCCAGCAAUCCUCUCAGCAGGCCGAGGAUGCUCUCUCGCAGGGGAUGGAGGCACUGCAGCAGUCUUUGGCAGAAACAUUGGCUGGGUCUCUUGGCUCCUCGGGGUCUUCAGGCAACGUUGCGAACUACAUGGGUCAGAUGGCUAUGGCCAUGGGGAAACUUGGGACUCUCGAAAAUUUCCUUUGCCAGGCUGACAACCUGCGGCAACAGACUCUACAACAAAUGUGUCGGAUACUAACUACUCGUCAAGCUGCACGAGCACUUCUUGCCAUCAAUGACUACUUCUCACGGCUUCAUGCCCUGAGCUCUCUUUGGCUUGCUCGGCCUCGUGAGUAAGGAGACAGAUAACGUUGCUUCCACAAUCUUACGACCUACUCCGAAGGUUCCAUUGCAGAUAUUGCUAAAUCAACUGGCUAAUUGGAUCUAAUUGUUACGGUUCGAUGGCGGCUAUGAAUCAGGAGAUCAUGUAUAGUCAUCAUGCCAUCACCUCUCUUUUUUCUUUUGCUUUGUAAGCUUAACUUGAUAUUUCACCAUUGUGUAUUGACUGUAGUUGUAUAUCUUUAACAAAAGUAUUGUAAUGAUAGAUCUAAAUGGUUUGCUAA